AUGAUUCGGCGCUGGCAUCGCCGCUACUUCAAAGUGCGCGAGGGUGAAUUGUUUUACUAUGAUGAUGACAAGUCAGAUCGAGCUUCGGGCUUUAUCCGACUGCGUGGCUCGGACAUUAGCUACAAGGGCGGCAAUUUGCUUGAAAUUUUCGACCCGCGCAAGAAGACGACCAUGACCUUACGAGCCAGCAGCACACAGGAGCUGGAGGACUGGAAGGCUGCCUUGGACGACGAAGCCAACACCUUCCCUGGUGGUAGCAGUGCUGCAACCACCGACGGUGCGGGCCAGGGCACCGACGGCCACCUGGCGCUCAUUUUCGACAUUGGUAGCUGCUCGGCUCGGGCUGGCUUUGCAGAUCCUCGAGGCACGGCCUGGCCGUCAAUCUACAUGCCUGCGUGCGUGGCUAAGCCGCGCGAGGGGACGGGGAAGAUGCGUUGCGGCAUGGACGCCCUGAUGCCCGCGGUGCGCACCAAGUCGUCCAUUCAGUUUCCGCUGCGCAGCGCCACCAACUUUUCCGACUCGAUGGAUGCAGAUGCACUCGAGGUGUUGUAUGGUGAUCUUUUCCAGCGCCUCGAGGUCGAGUCGACGGAACGGCCCUUGAUUGUGACAGAGCCACAGUUUACCUCCGACCGAGAGCGGGCAAAGAUUGCUGAGGUUCUCUUUGAGACGUACAAUGUACCAGCCCUGUACAUGAAGCAUCAAGCCCUCUUGUCCAUGUACUCAUACAACGCCACGACGGGCGUGAUUGUGGACAUUGGUGAUCGCCUGGACAUUAUUCCCCUUGAUUCGGGCUACGUCAUUGAAAAGGGCGUGACGAAGAUGCGGCUGGGUGGCGGCUUCAUCUCGGAAUCACUGACUCGAAUGAUGUCUGAGGCAGGACAUCGCUUCUUUUCGCCAGUCGAGCAUUACGUAGGCCGCUACGUUAAGGAACGGCUGGCCUAUGUGGCGCGCGACUAUUACCAGUCGGCUCAGGAUGAUGACAAGGGCUUGAUAGAUGCGGGUCAUGUGGAUGUUCGGCGGUUUGCGCUGCCUGAUGGCACCAAAACAUUUAGUCUUGCGGGUCAGCGAUUCCGCUGCGCCGAAGGCCUAUUUCAGCCUGUUUUGUGGGGCAAGGAUGUACCUGGCCUACAUGACUUGGUAUACAACGCCAUCAUGUCGUCUCCUAUCGACAUGCGCAAGGCAUUGUCUCGCAACAUUUACCUGGCCGGUGGUGGCAGUCUGCUACCCGGCUUACCUGAGCGGCUGACCAAUGAGCUCAAGCAUUUGCUGCCCUCUUCGGUCCAGGUGACCGUGCAUGCACAUCCGCACCGGCAGCAUGCAGCGCUGCAAGGUGCCUCAAUUCUGGCAUCCCUGCCCAAUUUCGGUGACCUGUGCGUGUGGCAUGAGGACUGGAUGGAAGCGGGUCCUGACGUUCUACGCAAGUGGCAUGAAGAGACAUUGGCUACGGACAUGGACUCGGACGAUGAUUCAGACAUGGGUGACGGUCGGCCGAUGCCAGCCGGCGUCGCCGGUGCACGACGGGUCGUCGUUGAAGAAGGCUCAUCGGACUCUGAGGCCGAUUCUGAGGACGAAGCUCCUGCCACCAGCGCCACCAAGCCGACCGCCGUUCACCAGGAAGAGGAUGACGAUGACAGUGAUGAGGAUGAGCCUUCCACCAUACCCGCGGACGAGGCGGAGGAGCUCAUUUAACCCGUGGUCCCCCAUUGUCCGAAUGCCAGCAGGCUUAGAAAGCAUGAUCCAAUUCUUUUUAUUCGAGCUUGUUCCGAGCACCCUCACUCCUAGUAGAAGCAUGAGCUAGAGGGUUGCUUGUCGUUUCCUUCGCUCUCCUUCUGGAAACAAGUUGAUCCCACACACACGAAUGUCAGAUCAAACGAAAAGCAAAGACAAGACACACAUGUGUGUGUGUGAGUGUGAGUGUGUGCAUGUGAUUGAGAUGACGCUGACGUGUUUUGUUCAGUGAGGUGUUGAGUUGGCGCAGUUUUCUCUCUCUCUCUCUCUCUCUCUCGGAAUUGACCGAUUGACGGA